AUUCUUUUUUUCCACCUUUGCUCCUCAAGUUCCAUCCUUGGGUAGAUAAAAUAUAACUUCGGGCUUCAAAAAACUCUUUCCUGCACCUUUUUAACCCCUGUAACCAUGUGUGGUUCUGACAUGUUUCUUGCCAUACUGGCAAUCUUCUUCCCACCCGUCUCAGUCUGGAUCAAAGUAGGCAUCUGUACGGCCGACUCCAUUAUCAACCUUGCCCUCUGCUGUCUGGGCUAUGUUCCCGGUCUCAUUCAUGCGUGGUACAUAAUUCUCAAAAAUCCCGAGCCGGACUAUGACGACCCGUCAUACCAGCCAGUUCCUAACCGGAGGGGGGACGUCGAGAACGGGCACGUAACAUAUUACUACGUCUCUCACCAGCCUGCUCCCACCCGACCCCAAAGAGGAUACGGGACCAUGCCUUCCCAGCAUGCUUCAGACGCACAGUCGCCGUCUAGACCGCCUGCUCCUAAAUCCCAACAUGAACACAAUACGGCCGGUAGCAGCAGUCAGGCAAAUGAGGAUACCAGCCCUCCUACGUACGCCGAGGCUGUUAAGGGAGAUCACAAAGUGCAGAACCACGACUAG